GUUGCACAUGCUACUGUAGUUCAGACACUCGGAGGGGGUGAAGACGGAAGGAGGAGGAAGAGAGGGAGAAAGAGACUGAGACCCGAACAGACAGACGAGAAAUCCAAAAAUCAGGAGAGAUGAGGGGAGCGCAGAAAGACAGGCUGGUUCUCAUGGCAACGGUCUGCCUGCUGGGCACCGUGCUGCCCUGUCUCUCCAUCUACACCGGCGGGGAGUGCUACUUCAACGCCAAAGCGAAGUGUGAGCAUCAGGACCGGGUAUUUGGGAUGGGGGAAAGCUGGCUGACUGCGGAGUGCCACCAGUGCGUGUGCCUGGAGCCUUUUGGAGUGGGCUGCUGUGAACUUGGCUCACAGCCUGUUGACUACCCAGAUUGGUGCGAAGUGGUGCGGAAGCCAGAUUCCUGCAACAUUGCCGUGGUGAUGCGGGCCAAUCACAAGCUGCCGUGUCUCUAUGGUGGGCGGGGCCGGAUGCGACCUGGGGCGGGGCCAGCUUGGAAGUCCGACAACGACCCCAUGUUCUGAUCUUCAUCAGGGCAGAGAAGGCAGUGACGCUUAGCCAAGCACUAAACCACCCAAAGCAGACACAUAUGCACUGAUACAAAAAUAUAUCAGAUCUGUAUGGUAGAUUGAUCAACCAAAGCAUUUAACCAGUUGUCAAUUUGUUUUUUUCCCCCCAUUAUUUAUUUGCUUAUCACAUUUUAAUCCACUGUCUUGCAACUUAAUAUCUUUAAUAAGGAAAUAGCCAUUAUGAAUACCCAUUUGUAUAGCUGGGUAUUAACCAAAGUUAUGCAUUAGAGCAGUGGUAACCAACCCUGCUGCUGGAGAUCUACCGUCCUGUAGGCUUUCACUCUAAUCCUAACAAAGCACUGCUCAUUCAACAGCUAGAGAUCUCAUUGAGCUGCUAAUUAGUAGAACCAGCGGUGCCAAAUUAGGGCUGGAAUGAAAACCUACAGGACAGUAGAUCAGGGUUGGUAACCAAUGCAUUAGAGACUCAGAGACACUAAUUUAAUGCCUCGAACCUGGGAAUCGAACUUAAAACCAACUGGUUGUAAGCACAGUGGUCCCUUACCACUAUAGUUUCAAAAAUGUGUAACCCAAAAUGUAUGCAAACACUCUGAUGGUUUUUUAUGAGUGGCAUUUGGGAGAGAUAAUAUGCACAAAAACAUUGUCAAAUACAUUAUCAAAUGGACUAAUGACUGUUUGUCUAUUAUUGUCUACUGCCCAGCCCACUCUGAAUAAGCGCACAAGUACAGGACUGUCAUUUAUUUUGCCAUAUUGUCCUUUACAAACACACUGAUCUUCCGUUAUAUAAUCUGUAUUUAUAAACACAAAUGUUAAAACAUGCAAAUAUGUUAUGCAAAAAAAACUUCACACAAUGAUCUACAUUCUUUUUUGAAUGUAUGAAGUAUGAAGUACAGACCUAUUGGCAAAUGGUUUCAUGUGUUUGGACAGUUUGUUUUUUUAAAUAUAUUUAUCUUCAGCCAAGUGUCAAAAACUUUUAAAUUAUUGAAAUAAAAAUAUUCCAAUGAAA